CGGGCCCGCCUUAUCGCCCCUCCGCCGCCCCCGCGGGCCCGCCCUGCGCUGCCCCGAUAAGGGGCAGGUGGGCGCACUCGGCGCCUCCGGAGGAGCCAAAAUGUAGAAUGGUUACUGUCCCUGGGCCGUGUGGCAGAAACUGUUCAGUUACAGCGACUUGAGUAUUGCCAAUACGUGCCUAUUUGCAUAGCUAUACGUAUUAAUGGCAAAAAUGCCUGUGACAUGUGACUUUGUUACACUCCACACUGUGCAGAAGAUGCCUCUCGUGGGACUGGGAACUUGGAAAAGUGACCGUGGCCAAGUGAAGGAGGCAGUGAAACAUGCCCUCAGCGUGGGCUAUCGCCACAUCGACUGCGCAGCCGCCUACAGCAACGAAGCCGAGAUCGGGGAGGCCUUCCAGGAAUGUGUUGGGCCCAACAAGGUUAUUAAAAGGGAGGACCUGUUUGUAACAUCAAAGCUCUGGAAUACCAAGCACCACCCAGAAGAUGUAGAGCCAGCACUGAGAAAAACACUUGGAGAUAUGAAACUGGAUUACCUGGACCUGUACCUCAUGCACUGGCCUCAUGCCUUUGAACGAGGGGACAAUCUCUUCCCAAAGAAUCCCGAUAACACGAUGCGUUACGACUACAUUGAUUACAAGGAUACCUGGAAGGCUAUGGAGAAACUGGUGGGAAAAGGUCUUGUGAAAGCCAUUGGGCUGUCAAACUUCAACAGUCGUCAGAUUGAUGAUGUACUAAGUGUGGCUACUGUGAAGCCAGCUGUGCUCCAGGUGGAAUGCCAUCCUUACCUAGCUCAAAAUGAGCUGAUUGCUCACUGCCAGAAACGAGGACUGGUGGUCACUGCCUACAGUCCCCUUGGCUCUCCAGAUCGCAUGUGGAAACACCCAGAUGAGCCUGUGCUGCUAGAGGAACCUGGGGUCAAAAAAAUUGCAGAAAAAUACAGCAAGUCACCUGCACAGAUCAUCCUCAGAUGGCAAGUGCAGCGUAAAGUGGUUGUCAUUCCCAAGAGUGUCACUCCUGCCCGCAUUCAGCAGAAUCUCCAGGUGUUUGACUUCAGCCUUACAGAAGAGGAGAUGAGCCACAUUGGAAGCCUGAAUAAAAACUGGCGUUAUAUUGUGCCAAUGAUUACGGUGGAUGGAAAGCUAGUAGCCAGAGAUGCUGGACACCCUCACUACCCCUUCAAUGACCCCUAUUAACCAUUGGAAAAUAAGGUGUUAAAGUAAUGUUCCUGGGCGUGCCCUUCCACAAUGUAAUUGUUGCCACGAUUUGUCAAAAGCACUGUCCAAAUUGAAACCUUCCUUCCCAAGUAGGUUUUCCUACAAUGUAUUACUUCUAAUCGACCUCCUGCCUGGAGAUCCUGUAGCUUCCGUGCCAAAGUUUGUGGAUUUAUUACGACUGCAAGCUGGCUCCUGGAGGCAUCAGAUGUUUUGAAGAUUUGAUAAAGAGCGAUGGAGUCUAAGUCAAGUUCCAAAUGCAUCAUUGUCAGACUAGGAUAUAACUUUGGGUAACUACUUUGGUCACUACUGUGAAACGGUUUUGAAAACUUCAGUUACUACCAGGAUAAGGGAAAAAAAUAAGAAGGAUGAAGGCAUGAAAGUUUUUUAAGGCCAAAGAAUUUCUCAGCCAUCAACUUUGAUAUCUUUAUUAAUAAUUUUUUACACAGGGAAUAAAGUGACAUGUGCUACAGUUGCACUAUGUCCAUAAACCAUUUAUUAAAAGCCAAGUAAUCAGUCAUGCCCAGUGCUUUUAUCCACUUCAUAGUACUUUUGGGACCUAGAGUUCUCAAUUUUCUUUCUUUUAAUUUGGCUGUAGAUUUGAGCAGAAUAAAAGCAGACCCUGGAGCAGGCCUUCAGGGCAAUCCUCUCUCUUACUUGUCACAGUGCUGGAUUUCAGCUCUGACAGCAGCUCUGAUCCUAUCACAAAAGCCACAAGAACUUUUUUAGCAAAUCUUGCAGAAAAACAUCCUGUGAAGCUGUCCAGUGUUUCCAGUGUCCAUUUUGAGUUAUGGAAGGUCACAAAAUUAGUUCCUAAUUGUACCGUAAGACCAAAGACCCUUCAGAGCUCUCAAUGUUAUGUGUAUGUUAUGUGUAUGUGUUUUAAUGUUGCAUUUUUGGCUGCUGCCAAAAAAUGUUUUUGGUUGAUGCUUAAGAGAGCUGCUCCUGUCUCCUGCUGUACCACUGACCUGCUGGUAACUUGGGAUGAGUCAUUUGCCUUUUGUGCCUGUUUUCCUACUUGCCAUGUCUCUGUGUUCCCCUGGCAGGGUCCAGUUUGCUGAGUGCUGAUGCACCCUUCGACUGGAACUCCAGCUGUAAGCACAGUUUUCUUUUGUUUCAGUCUUCUAAUGAAUUGGCUGGUCAUCUGAGCACAAAGGGCACAAGGUGUUGUUAGUACCUACCUGUGCUCUGGUGGUGACACUUUCUGUGGCCUUAGAAACAUCAACACUUUAUUUUGGUCCUCUCUACCUGUUAAAUAGGAUUUUUUCCCCAUAGUAGUAGAAACAAUUAGAAAAAGUCUUUUGUAUCAAAUAGUUCAAAAGUUUAAGAAUUGGACACUUUAAUUUGAAUAACCCCAUUUGCAAUAGGUUAUCACUCCUUGUAAACCACAGGCAAAAUUUCAGGAACUUCUGUUCCUUCAUAAGAUGUUUCCUAAUUCCUGAUGAAUUUGCCUCAGUGGAGGAAGCCAUUGCACCUCAUUUAGGAUUCUUUACUAGACAGGAGAAAAUGUCCAAAGGAAAUUUAAAAUUCCUGUUCAUUUUUUAAAUUGUUCUAAUCAAACACUUUGAAUAUGGUUCUUGUUGCAAUCAUUAGGCAAGCAAUUGUACUUUCAAGGCACUCUGGAGACUGCAGUCACCCUGCCAAGGACAGUGGCUUUUCUUGCUUGUUUCACUUGCAUGUUUGCUUGUUUAAAUAAAUUCUGUACUCAUUG